AUAUUUAUAAAGUCACUUUGUCACCGUGAAAGCAUUCUGCAGUUGAUCUGGUCACAUGAGAAACUGGGAGUUUCCUUUUUGACAUCGGCCAUUGCAGACAGAUAAAGCAUGUUGUGCCAUCGACGCAGAGUCUGCUUCCAGUGGUGACGAUCUGCUGCCCUAACAUGAAGCUCUCGGCUGCAAUCAUCCUUCUUCUCUUCUCUGUGUCUGUCUUCUCUCAAAUUUCUGUUGAACUCAACUAUUUCGUGGGCUGCUUUUUGAACAGCACUGCUGCCAUUCAAUUUGAGUUUAAUGGGGAGCUGAUGUCAUAUGUUGAUUUCCAAAGAAAGGAGGUUGUGUACACUGUACCCUCUUUUAUUGAUCCUGAUCCAGCGCAAGUUUUGCUGGGUCUGAGUAUCCUAAGAGAUGCUUUUCAGAACAGUGAAUUCUGUGCACUACUGAUAACUAUGGCUAAAGUGGAAAAGGAAAUUCCAGCUGAAGAAAAAGAACCUCCAGAGUGCAUGAUCUUCCCCACAAGAGAAGUAGAACCAGGUGUAGAGAACAGCCUUAUCUGCUUUGUAGAUAAUUUUUUCCCACCUUACAUCAAAGUCAACUGGACAAAAAAUGGCCAACCGGUGUAUGAGGGGGUGUCACUAAGUCGAUAUAUCUCCAACAAAGACCAAACCUUUAGGCAGUUAUCUACCUUGACAUUCCAACCAAGUGAAGGGGACAUUUACAGCUGCUCUGUGGAGCAUUCAGCCUUGGAGAUGCCCACCACACGGAUCUGGGAAGUUGAAUUCAUCGAGACAGAUGAAAGUCUUGGACCAGAUAUUUUCUGUGGAGUGGGUCUGGCCCUGGGUUUGCUAGGAAUUUCUAUUGGAACAUUUUUCAUUGUUAAGGGACAUCAUGCACAGUAAUGUCACUGUUGUUAAAAGUAAUAAAUAUCUUACGGGAGGUUUUGGAUUGCACCAUUUAUCUGAAUUUAAAUGCAUGCAUGAAGCCCAUGCAUAAGUGUUUUCAACCUGUGCUGCAAACUGGAAUCAACUUUUUGGGUUUCUUUAAGAACAAAUAUGUACAGAUUUUCUGCUUACGGUUUAUUUUGAUGUGAAAUAAAAUGAAAGAAAUCCACCAUGUCUUUUUAACAAUGUCUGUGAUUUAAUAAAAACAUUUCCACAAAAAAUUCUGUAUGUUUGGCUCUAUCUUUUUUUAAUAAUCUGACAAUUCUUAUGGAUGUUGCA